UGUGUAAUGCGGGCUCACAUCUGAGUCCAAUAUGGCGGCGAUUUCUCGUGGUCGACUCUCUUUAAGUUUGCCGUUUUAUUCUCGCUCAUUCUGCGCUGUAGCGUCAAAGCCAAACUCUAGAUCUCCCCAGACUGGAAUUCCAAUUAUCAUUCCACCUCAUGUCAUCAAAAAGGCAAACAUUGUGCACCCGAAAUCGAGAGCUGUGCAUCCACUACUAAAACAUCAAUGGUUGACGAAAACAGUGUUCGAAAAAGGUCUCCCGUUUUCGUCGGAGGAAAAUCAAGAGCAGACACAACUUGCUCCAGAAGUGGCCCAAUUGAUCAAUGAACGUUUUGGAGGAUCUCUUGCUCAGACGUUAGGUUUCCAGAAACCACCAAACAAAACCAAGAAACGUUUCGAAGAGGAAAUCAGAUAUGGGAUAUUCCAGGACUUGGUGAGACUAUGCAGUGGGAAUCUCACCGAUACCUUUGUCGAUGUGUGUCCCAAGGUCCUGACGCACUGGGUCAGGAAGCAUGAGUUUUAUCAGCUUGAGUUUUAUCCAGAUGUCAUCUUGAGGAGCGGAACGGAGUGGGAUGCGUAUCUAGAAGAUUUUCAGAACACAGAAGAGAUGACUCUGCCUGGCCCAUAUGACCCUUACAGCAUGGAAGUUUAUAAACAACCUAUCGUACACCUGAAAAACUUCCCGGGUUUCCAUGCAGCAAGCUCAAAUCCUUUCCCUCACAACCACACCAUGUUCCUGGCCAAUGCAUUUGGCCAGAGGCUUGACCAAACACAUGCAUUUGGUAUCAUGAGUAUGUUUGGCGUCUUGGCAUCAACGGCGAUGAGCAGAGGAGUGAAACCCGGGGAGCACCUGUCAGAACCAGUGUGUACACAAUGUGUUAUCACAGAUGGUCGUCAGUUGGUGCUGAUGUGCUACCAGCUGAACACAAUGUCACUGCAGGAAGAUCAUGGUGUGAAAAAUCUUGCCUGGGGAACAGAUUACAUGGACUUGUUUAAAGAUAAUGCUUCAGAGAAGGGGCAUACAGGACUUUUUGGGAGUUUGAACAUUGAUCAAGAAAUUCCUAGCGUAAAUGAGGACUCUGUCCGGAGAUUACUCUUUUUUCUGUGUUGUUAGACUCACAAGGGAUAAAUAAAACAGUUGAUUCAAGACGGUAGACACCACACUGUAAAUGUUCAUUUCUUUGAAAAUAAUAUUCAAUAAUUGCUUCUACAUAAGGGCCUGCCCUGAUUAAGCACCUUGACUAACGGUGCUGCAUUUAACUGAUUAGGAAAAAAAUCAGAAAGGAACUGGAUGGUUCUUGAAAUGUUUUGACUUUCUUAGCUGAAUUUUUACUUUUAAAAAAUUUAACUUUCCAAAAGAAGAAAAGGCAACCUAGUUGCAUUUUUGUCAUUGUAAGUUGGACAAAAUAAACUGAAUUACAACCACAA